AUGGAAAGUCUCUGAAGGAAUACUGCCCAACGUCCUAUGAAUGAAGAAGCCUGUAAAAGUGAGGGCCAGUUAUCAAGGCAGACAAAAUGUCCUCCACAAAAGAAAUCUUCUUUUGAGAAAACAGCAAUCAGAAAAGUGUCAAUGACCCUCAAGGAAAUUUUUACUAGGGAGAGAGGCCCUGAAUCCAGUGAAUUUAGUCUAAGCUCAAAGCUUAAUACACGGCAGAAAAUUCCAAAGGGAGCUAUGUCCCCCAUAUCUAGGAAAAACUCCAAAGAUAAUUCAGGCUUAAUUAAACACCAAAAACUUUUUCCGCAAAGGAAACCUUGUAAAUGCAAUGAAUGUGGUAAAGCCUUUAGUUACCAAUCAGACCUUAUUGUCCACAGUAGAAUUCAUGGUGGAGAAAAGCCUUUUGUAUGCAAUGAAUGUGGUAAAACUUUUAGCCGAAGUACACACCUUAUUGAACAUCAAAGAACUCACACUGGAGAGAAACCUUAUGAAUGCAGUGAAUGUGGAAAAGCUUUUAGCCGGAGUACACACCUUAGUCUACAUCAGAGGAUCCAUACUGGAGAAAAACCAUAUGAAUGUAGUGAAUGUGGAAAAGCCUUUAGCCGAAGCACUAACCUUAGUCAGCAUCAGCGAACUCAUACUCAAGAAAAACCUUACAAAUGUAAUGAAUGUGGGAAAGCCUUCAGUGACCAUUCAACCAUAAUUCAGCAUCAACGAAUACACACUGGAGAGAAUCCCUAUGAAUGCAGUGAAUGUGGAAAAGCUUUCAGUUGGAUCUCAUCUCUUAUUGAACAUCAGAGAACACACACUGGGGAGAACCCCUAUGAAUGCAGUGACUGUGGGAAGGUAUUCAGUCGGAGCUCAUCCCUUGUUGAACAUGAGAGAAUACACACUGGAGAAAAGCCCCACGAGUGUAGAGAGUGUGGAAAGGGUUUCAGUCGGAGCUCCUCCCUUAUUAUUCACCAGAGAACUCAUACCGGAGAGAAGCCUUAUAAGUGUAAUAACUGUGGAAAAGCCUUCAGUCAGAGUUCAUCUCUCAUCAGACAUCAGCAACUUCACACUAAAGAGUAA